AUGGAGCAGGGAUGCGGGGGGCCCCUUCAGUGGCACGAUCCUGCAAGCAGCGGUGCGACUUCUCUUUGGGGUCAGCGGCUCCCGCACGCCCUGCUGCAGCAGCAGAGGGGGCCCCUUGUUCAGGGUUCUGCUUUGCCAGCCGACGACCCCACAAGGUUUGGAGGAGGAGGCCCCCUGAUGCAGCGGGCUCUGCAGGCGAGUGGAGAGGGCCUUCCCUCAAUGGGCCCCCCUCCUGCGGCCGAAGGGGAAACCGUGUCUCAGUGGGGUCACUCUGUAACUGCGCCUCCUUGGGGUGGGGGCCCUUCGGCGUCGAGUCCGCCUGCGUCGGCUUCCCCAGCAUCCUCUGCCUUGGGCAUGCUGGAAGGCCCUCCCCCGCAACAGCAAGCCCAGGCUCAGCAACCCCAGCAGUUCCUCACAGGAGACAGAUCUCUUGGAGGGGGGCCUCCGGGAGCGCCUCCUGCGGCUUCCGUGCAGUUUGAUGCGCAAGAAGAAAAGAGCCAACUCAAGUGUGUCCAGGGGGGCCGCUUUUACAAGAAGCCCUUGCAAGUCUCCCCUUUCUGUUUCGCGAAGGGGCAGCCAUUGGCAGAGGAAUACAGAGGCUCACCGGAGGCUGGAUCCAAUCCCGGAGGCUGUGCGGGGGGCCCCCUGUUUGCGGCGGAGGGGCAGACGCAUGCGGCUCCGUGGCCUUUCAAGAACGCAGCACCGCUGGGAUAUGGCGUGUCAACAGGCGGCCCUUGGUUGGGCUUCCCGACCAUGCAGGGCCUCAUGGCUGGAGCGAUGGGGGCCCCUCAAGGGCCUCCUCCUCCCCUGCAGGGGACCAGUCCGCUCCUGUGGGGCCCCGGGCCGGCAGGCGUCUCGCAGCAGGCGGCGAGGGGGCUUCUUCGCCAGGGGUCUGUUGGACUACGCGAAUUUGCACGGGGGCCUCCCGACUGUCUUCACUCUGCCGUGACAAUGCAGCAGCACGCGCUGGUGGCGGUGAGGGCCUUCCUGUUGUCGUGCGAAGAACCGAUUGCCCCCCCCUGGAAGCAGAUCGCCUCGUGGAUUCCCUGGCUCACUGGGCAACAGCAGGGCCCCCCCCAUGCAGGAUUCCAAAACAUCCGGCGCACAGGACUCCUCAAACGUCAGGAGAGAGAUGCGACGAUGCCAGAAGCAGGUGAGACGGUGUCCAACAAGCCUACAGACGAAGGAUCCAACGAUCAGGGCCCUCAAGUAGAGAGAACCACCCUUGAAGCGACAGAGGAAAUCGCUGCCGCUGCCGCUGCUGCACCCGUACCCUCAGCGGACGAAGAGCUCCUCAAAUCGGAGCGCCGCAGGAAAAGGGGAGGGGCAACGCCCUCUCCUGUGCUGACAGCGAAGAAGGCGCUGAAAGCGCAGCGAACGGCUGCUGCGGGAGGCGAUGCAACGACUUCAGCCCACGAAAUGUGUAAGGAGGACUUCCUACAGUCACUGAUGCCUCUUCCGCUGCCCCUUACAGCGUUGCAGCAGAGUGACCUUUGCUUGGAGCUGCUGAUGGCACUGGGGCGUCUCAGGCCGCAGUGGCGUCGCAGGGGGAACCGAGUGCCUUUCCAGCUUCAUGUGGCGCGGUUGAGGCCCUCGCUGCUGCUCCCGACAACCCCUCCAAGCACCUCCGUGCUCGAGGCAUACAGGACCAUCCUGGGGCCCCUUGUUGCCCACUUGGGAGAACUGCCUUUCACGCAUUUGGCCCCUGGAGAGGCGGACGAGGUUGUGCAGGAAGUGGAGCUCUUGAGGGGCCCGCAGUUUGUAGAUUCGGUGCUUACGGAGCUUGACAACAUCGGAAUCGGAGGGCCCUUGGGGGUUACGCAUUCUGCCCUAGAAGCAGAGGCUCUGGAAGCUGAAGCCAUGAGGGACACAGGAGAUCGCAGGCAGCAGUUGCUGGUGCAGCAUCAACAGCAGCUGCAGCAGCAGAAGCAGCAACAGCAGCAAUCCGAGGCGGCGCGUGCGCUGGAGGCCCCCGCGGACGGCUUGGGAAGGGAUCCAGGGGAUGCAGAGGUGCUACUGGCAUACAACCCGGAUCUGAAGACACUGCGUCAGUUGAAUUACCUCGUGCCUGGCACGCGUGUGUAUAUCCAUCUAGACGUGCUGGAUGCCAAGUUGGCGGAGAUGGGGUUGCCGCCUUUGCCUCCUCAGCCUUCAGGGGGCAGUGGUGAGGAGGCACCUCCUUCGGCGCGCGGGCCCCUCUCGAAGUUUGUGAUCGUGGAGGCAGGAGAGCGUUAUUUUACAGUGCCUUACGGGGAGUAUCUGCCUUUAAAGCUGGUUAGUCCCCCGCAUCACGUGUUGCACUUCCCAGUGGGGCGUGUAGUGCAGUUGCUGCAGGAGGGCCGUCUCUGCCUUCUUCGAUUUACCGAGCGAGAGGCCUUGAAGCGUCGCCUGCCACUUUUGGGGGGAUCGUCUGGCCCUCCGAAUGAUGCUGCCGUUGGAGGAGGUGGGGGCCUCUUCGGGUUCAAGUCACAGAGAGGCUCAAAGCCUGCUUGCUGCCCUGCGCCUUUGGGGAUCGAGAAGAUCUGCAAAUGCAAGUGCAAUCACCGUCGCCAGGAGCUGUAUGGUCAGCUGAAGCAGCGUCUGCGGACGGACAGGAAAGCCUGUUUGGCAGCGAUGAAGGACUGCCCAGACCUAAAUCAUGUGGCCUUCGCUUUACCUUCCGCCCGGACGUACCAGCUCGAAGUGUUGUCCUAUCUCUUUGGUGUAGAUCCAUGGCACUAUGCGAAGAAUCGGCAUGAGGCGCCACCCAAGGCCGAGAUUCCCAACAUCAUAAGGCGCUACAAGGAGCUGGUUACAAGCAGGGAGUACGAGCAAGCCUUUAAGAAUUGGCUAGAGGAACAAGCCAGAGAGAAGUGUCUCCAGCAGAUCACCGCGGAUAUCACGGCCAUAGGGCUUAAUCUUAAGGAAGGCGACGGCAGCUGCCUUUCCACAGCCGCGAAUCCCGCUCAGCAAGACCCCAGAGUCCAAGCCAGCAUCUCUCAGCUCACACCCAACACUCCUAUCUGUGUACGAGUAAAGGCCUUGUUAGGCCUCCCCUCGGGGAACGAGCAGCACCUCAGGGGCGUGGUACGGCGCGUGCAGAUGCUGCCUAGAGGUCGAGCCAUUAGUAUCUCUAUUAAUAAUAGGAAAGAAGAGUUUGUGCUGCUCCCAGAGGACGUAGAGACCCUAGUAGCACAUGAUGAUCUAAGGCUCGUUAGGAUGCGCUCCAGGCAAUGGUUUGCCUAUGAGGCUCAUGGCCCUAACACAGGGGCCUCGAAUAUUACGGAUGCCCAGUGGCUGAGCUCUACACAAGAAGAAAGCUGGAAGGGGGAUGUUCAGUCUGCGGGUUGA